AAGUCUAUAUCCAGUGACGUCAUCAGAAACGCCAUGCUCAGCAACUAUGCUGACGUCAUCAGAAACGCCAUGCUCAGCAACUAUGCUGACGUCACCAGAACGUGUGAAAGUUGCAGGUGCAAGCCGUUCGUCAAGGAAUAAAGUGCCACCUCGUGGGAAACGUGCUGCUGCUAGUUUACCUAGCGAUGCUACUGAUGAUGGAAACAGAAGGAAAAGGCAGAGUAAACUCAAAAAGAAAGCUACGACAAAAGUAGUCGGUCAAAGACAGGCGAUUCCAAGGCAGUGCAAACGGAAACCAAAAACUUGCCAAAGCCAAGGCAGCCCAAUGCAGGGCAGCCCAAUGCAGGGCAGCCCAAUGCAGGGCCGCCAACAACAGGGCAGCCAAAAACAGGGCAGCCCAAUGCAGGGCCGCCAACAACAGGGCAGCCAAAAACAGGGCAGCCAAAAACAGGGCAGCCAAAAACAGGGCAGCCGACGGCCGGGCAGACCAAAGCGCAAGCGUGCCAGGCUUUGCAAAGUAGAUGAAAGCAUAAACGAUGUAGUGCGGCAAACACAAACAUCCGAGAAGCGUUCCCAAAGCUCGGCGCUUACAGUUGUGGACAUGCCACAUCUUCAACGUGAAAGCAUGGAGGUUACGACUUCAUUUCCCUGCUCUGCUGUUCCACAAAACAAUGACAACCCUUAUAGAGAUGACAACCCUGAUAACAACAACAACCCCUAUGGAAAUGAAAUUCCUCAUGCACAUGAAAAUCUCCAUAGGAACGACAUCCCUCACGGAGACGACAAUCCCCAUAGCAACAACAUUCCCCAGGCACACGACAAACCCCAUAGCAACAGCAUUCCCCAUGCACACGACAAUCCCCAUAGCAACAACAUUCCCCAUGCACACGACAAUCCCCAUAGCAACAACAUUCCCUAUGGACACGACAUUCCGCAUAGCAACAACAUUCCCCAUGGACACGACAUUCCCCAUAGCAACAACAUUCCCUAUGGACACGACAUUCCGCAUAGCAACAACAUUCCCCAUGGACACGACAUUCCCCAUAGCAACAACAUUCCCUAUGGACACGACAUUCCGCAUAGCAACAACAUUCCCCAUGGACACGACAUUCCCCAGGCACACGACAAACCCCAUAGCAACAGCAUUCCCCAGGCACACGACAAACCCCAUAGCAACAACAUUCCCUAUGGACACGACAUUCCGCAUAGCAACAACAUUCCC